UACGCAAUCUUCAUUUUAAUUAUUGUAUUCUUCUCAUUUGAGUACACCGUGGAGACUAUCAACAAUGCCGCCAGAAAACUCAAUGAAUCAUACCUCGGCAAAUCAGCACCCAGGUCAACAAGCACCUGGUUUGCAGGAAUUGGCACCCGCACCCCCUGCAGGCAGAGCUGCUCCAACCAGCACUGCCGGUACGCAUCCAGCUCAAGAGAUCACUUCAGCAGUCACAGCUGCGACUGCUGCACAGGCAGCUGCUGUAGCCGCAGCUGCGGGAAGAGACAUGAAGAACUUUUCGGACAUUGAGAUCAACGAGCUCUUGGGGUUGAUUCCCGACGAAUACACCGCGGAACAGGAAGCAGAAGAAGCAGCCGCAACCGCGGCUGCAAAUGCUGCAAUGGCACUUGGAAAAGGAGUUCAUCACAACGUGACCGCAACUACUCUAUCAGUUCCAUCGAACAUUCUCCGAGCUUCGAGCACCAACGCGACGGACCUGAAACAGAGUAGGGGAACCAAAAACGGCAAUACUAGUAUUCAAGGAAAGUCACAGGAUGAUCACAUCGCAGCCCAAGAGGCGCAACUGAGAUCGGAACGAAAGCGAAGUCGAGAAAAGCAACGUAGAAACGAUGUUAAUAGGCAGUUUGCAGAGCUGACCGAGGUAUUGAAGAAUAUAGAACGAGAAGCUCAGGAAAUGGGACGGAAUGACGACGCUUACGGUAGUGUGUCGACUAUGAUGGCCAUUGCUGCGAGCACUGGUCCAACCAACCGUGUUGAUCUUAUUGCGAGGACCAUAGUGCACCUUGAACGCCUGAAUCGCACAGCGAAAAAGCAACGAUUAGAGAUAAGUAGCCUCCAAGAGCAACUCGAACGUACUAAGAAGUCCGGGGAAGAUAUGGCUGAGAAACUGAAAGAUGUGAUGUUCAAUCAGCAGAGGCAAUUCACCACGUCAACAUUUCCUCCAUACCCCAACAUGACACGACAACCCGUGACUGCAGUAGAAGGAACUCAAGCCGCACCAGCACCCGGUGUAAACUCUGUUCCCACUACCAAUGGUCUCUCAAGCCUUCCUACUAGUCAUCAACAACAGGUACGACUAUGGUCAAUAUUUAUUUUGAUAUCAUCUUUUCUUCACUCUAUACUAUGCAACUCUCUCACACGUCUUCACUGUUUUACAUUGUUCAGAUGCCAGUGAUGAUGAUGAUGAUGCCCCCGCCAACAACCCAAUCCCCUAAUACCUCUAGUGUUUCUACGGGAGCACCUGGCCCAGCCACGAUGCAACAUCAACCCCAACAGCAAUUUAUGAUGGUGAUGCCCCACCCUGGAUCUCAGGUGUCCAUGCCUAUGCAACCUGUUCAACAUAUGAUGCAGACCAUGCCGACUACACAUCAACAUCAACAUCAACAACAGCAACAGCAACAACCACAACCGGUGGUUCAACGACAGCAACAAGUGCAAGCGCCAAUUGCACAACAGCAGAUCUACGUUCAGCAGCAGCAGCAGCAGCAGCCAGUCGGACCUACCACACAAAGAUGCAGAGGAAAGGGAAGCUCUGGUGCCGGAGAGAAUCUUGCGCAUGCGGCAUGAAAAGCUGAUUAACUAUGCUGUGGAGUCGGUAGUGGGCUAUUCGACAUCCAAAGGGAACACGACUAAACACAUGAAGAAACC